CUUUACGCCUUUACCAUUUCAGCGCCCCGCUGCUUCGCUCGCUUUGUGAGGGAGUUCCCUCUUCUCUUCUCCCCUUCUCGAAUUUUGAAUUCCCAUCGAAUUUCACCAAUCCCCCACUCCGCCAUGGACCCGGAGCCGCGGCGGUGGGCGGCGACGUACACCACGCAGGUGAGGCAGAAGCGCAAGGCCUACCACGACGGGGUCCUCCUCCUCCGCCCGGACUCCCGCCGCCUCGUCCUCCUCGACGACGCCGGUGUCACCAUCGACGCCAGGUCCCUCCGCGCCGGCGAGUCCGUGUCCGAGGGCGCCUCCGUCGAGUUCCCGUGCCACCUCGUCGACGUCGGCGAGGCCCAGCGCGUCCCCACCACCGCCCGCCCCGGAAGGCCCUCCGAGCCCGCCGCUCCCAGAGCCGCCCACCGCGGCGGCGCCAGGGCGCGUCAGAGCGCGGCCAACACCUGCGCUCCCCGCGCGUUCGUGAAACCUCCCAAGAGCGGCGCCGGCAAGACCGAAGCCACGGGCUCCGGCUGCGCCAGGUCCGCCGGUUCGACGUCCCAAGAGUGGAGCGCGAUGUACACCACCCAGGUUUCGCAGAAGGCUAAGAGGUAUCACGACGGUUUCCUGAAGCUCGUUCAAUCUGGGUUGUAUUCCAAGCAGAUCGUUUUGCUGGAUGAAGAGGGCCAAGUACUGGGGACCAGGCACCUCAAGUCAGGGGAGUGUGUGGAAAGCGGCAAGAAAUGCAGUUUUCCUGGCUAUCUGAUUGAGAUCGGCAAGGCCACAAAUCUAAACAAAGGUGGAGAUCCUAAAUCUUCAGAAGAACACAUGAUGCAGACAAGACCAAAGGGAGUGGAGAAUGCGAAUAGCAAAAUGGGAAUUGGAACAACAAGUUCCCUGAAAUUCAUCAGUCCACAGAAGUUCCAUUGUUUUGACAAGAGUAAAUCAGAAGCCACUUCUGGUUCUAACAAGCCAGAGCUUGGAAAGAGUGAAGUUGCAGCUGCUGGCAGCACAGGGAGCCUUAUGGGUUCGGCAGACUCAAGUUUCAAAGAAGUGGAAUGGAGUGUCUUAUACACCGCCCAACUAAUUCAAAAGGCAAAGAAGUUUCAUGAUGGCGUUAUAAGGCUUGUCCAAGCUGGUCCAAAUGUAAAGCAGAUUCUUUUACUGGAUGAAGAAGGUGGAGUGCUUGGCACCAGAUAUUUCAAUUCAGGUGAAUCUAUUGAAUGUGGAAAGAGAUGUCAGUUUCCUAAUUAUAUUAUCGAAGUCACUGAGCUCAGAAAUAAAAUGAAAGAUGUAGAACAUACACAUGCUGCUGGGGAGGCUUCAAGUCACACAGUGCCUAAGAAUGGAGAGAAUACGCGUGAAAAGGAUGACAAAAGUAAAUCUCCAAAGUUUGUUAGUCCAUUCAGGCUCCAUGAUCAUCGGAAGACUAAAACAAGAAGCACUACCGACUCUAACAAGCCACAGGUCGGAAAAUCAGCAUGUAGUAACGUGGGCGAUCCACUUAACUAUCAUGUAUUUACAGAUCUUCAGAGGGGUAAACCAGAUUGCACGGUUGGUUACAGAAGAACAGACCUGGGGUCAACAUCUAGUGACAUCGAUAAUCAACAUAAAUUCAAUGAUUUUGCAGAUAACCAGAGGGGCACAUCAGAAUUUUCUACCAGCAAAUCAACAUUUAAUGACCUGGGAAAAUCAGCAUUUGGUGGCAUGGAUGAUCCACAUAAAUUUGAUGAUUUUGCAGACACCCAGAGGGGUACAUCAGGAUUUUCUACCAGUUAUAACCGGCCAGAAGUUGGCAAAUCAACAUUUAAUGACCUGGGAAAAUCAACAUUUGGUGGCAUGGAUGAUCCGCAUAAAUUUGAUGAUUUUGCAGAUAUCCAUAGGGGUAAGUCAGGAUUUUCUACCAGCUAUAACCGGCCAGAAGUUGACAAAUCAAUUCUUAAUAGAAUGGAUGAUCCACUAAAAUUUUGUGGUCUUCGGGAUGGGAAAUCAGUGUGUCCCACUAGUUUUGUCGGGAGAGAGGUUGGAAAAUUAACAUUUGGCAACGCUGAUGAUUCUUUACGGACUGCUUCCCAAAUACUAUCUAUCAUGAAGCCCCCAGCUGGAUUGUCUCACUUCGCUACCCAGCUUCGUACAUCUGUGCAAUCUUGCUUGAAGCUGGAUACUGCACAGGCAAAGAACUCAGUAAUCACUCAUAAUAGGAAUGAAUUAUCAGGGAAUGCGUAUCGAAGUUACAAUCAUCAGGCCAUCAUGAAACCACCAGCUUUUGAUGCUUCGGACUUGGAAUUGAUAGAUCUCCCAGGAUCUGAGAUGUGCAAUGCAAACGAGCAGAAACUAGUAUCGUCAGGCAAUCUUAACACUGUAAACUGUAAUGGUACAGGUUCUGCGCCAAUUUCGAAUGUCACUAGCAUGCCAAACUUGCGAGAAGACAAAAGUGGAACUGCAGAUCAGCUCGGCGCAAAUAACACAGCAGAGGACCCCAAAUAUGACAGUGGCCCUUCUCGUACAUGUAGAGAUCCCACGAUCCAGGAUUUGAUAGAUGACUGCCCUUCUUUUGAUCUUGGCUUCUAAUGGAAGUGGAAGGGUGCCGUGCAUGGCUUGGGCGGGCUGUGUCACGAAACGAUCAAAUCUCUUGAUUGUUGGCGAGAGAUCGGGCAAAAGCAGCAGUUUUUCUCAGGAAAUUAAGCGCGUUGAGCGGGGAGAAGGACGACCUUACGUGUGGGUGGCCAUGAUUGCGCACUCUGCAGUUUUACUCUCGUCUUUUGCAGUAUAUAUAGCAUGGCCUUUUGUUUUGAUAUGUUGGUUUUUUUAUAGCUUGCCGCAUAUAGCAUGGCCUUUUGUUUAUAAAAUCAUAGAGACUAGAACAUGUGUUCGCAGUGAAAAGCCAUGGAUGCUGUUUAUAGAAUGGAAAUCUUGUGGAGACUUUGCUUAGUUCUUUUACAUUGUCGGCGAUUUUGUGGAAAUCAAUG